AUGAAGGCGAUCCUUGAGGCACACAUCGGCCAACUGAAAGACGAAGAGAUCUCACCCGAGAAGUGCAUCACGCCUGAGGACAUGAUCAAGCAGUUUCAGCACUUCUUCGGGCACGCGAGGUUCUUGAGAAGGCGUGAAGCUACGGCGGCCCUCACCCUCGCCAAGGCGGAGAAGUCCAAGCUUCAGGCCGUGAGGGCCCUCGCCGAGCUGAACGGAGUGGUCGCGAAGACUGCCAAGGACAGCCACGGCAUCGACGGGAACGACAGCAAGAAGCUCAUCUCCAUCUCGUGGGACGAGGACUUCUUCAGCACGCUCGACAAGCUCGAGGUCAGCGAGACCGAACGGGCGGAUCUCAAGCAGCUGGAGACCGACUUGAAGGGCGUUCGCGACCUGGUCGGCACCAAGUCCUCCGAGGUGGAGCGCAUGCUCGCGCGCAUGGCGAAGAUGAAGGAAGACAUCAUGGUUCGCAUGGCCAAGAAGAGGAAGGGCCCCGACGGCGUGGCCACGGGCAGCCCCGACGGCGGCGGCAGCAGCGGCGAGCCUGGCGGAGCCCGUGUGGGCGACGACGGGCGCACGGCGGCGGAGACCACGCCGGUCCGCGACGACCAGGCCGACGCCGAGCUCGCCGAGGAGGCGCGGCGGCUGAGCGAAGCCAAGCUCGCCGCCGCCCAGGCCGCUCAGGGCGCAGGCCUGAGCGACAACUCUUGCCAGCAGCUGCUUUGCCGAGAGCUCCGCGUGGCGCCCAAAUUGCCGCAGGCCCCGAGGCCGAAGCUCCAGCCACAAGUAGGUUCCAAGUCUAGUAUGAAGAAGGCUGCCGACGCUACGAAGCGCUUAGCAGCCCGCGUUGCUACAGACGAAUGCUACCAGGAGUUGCGCGGUGAUUUGAACGAGGCCCAGUUUUUCGCGAGCGAGUGCUACAUAUGUUGGAUAAGGUUCGAUCGGAGCCGCUACGCGGGCAGGCGCAGCAGCCUCGACAUCGGGGCGAGCGGCGUGGCGGCGGAGGCGCCCAGGCGCUCACCCGAGCUCAACAGGCAGCACGGGCCUCGGGUGGCUAGUGACUCGGAUCACCUCGUGAUGAUCUUCUGGGAGCGCGAGGGCUUCUCGAGGGCGGAGCUCAUGGAGUUGGACGAGGCGUUCAACAAGUACGACACGGACCAGAGCGGCACCAUCGACACCGCGGAGCUCGGCGGCCUGCUGGCCGGCCUGGGGCACCGGGUGGCCAGCUCGGAGCUUACUGCGUUGGUGGUCGAGCACGACGGGAACCGCAGCGGCUCGCUGGACGACUUCGAGUUCCUGCGGCUGAUGCGGCAGCACCGCGACGGCCAGCUCCGGCAGCUGCGCGGCGUGUUCCGGCAGUUCGCCACCAAGGCCAUCAUGAAGCCCGACGACACGAUGUCGGCGGUAGUGGUGGUGUUGGGGAGCCUGUCGCAGCGGGUGAUCGACGAGAUCAACGCGAGGGUGUCUGAGUCCAAGGAGCAGGUGCCCGCCGGCAUGAGUUUCAACGAUUUCGUCGAGAUUGUGGACUAUGCGCGCUCACAGCGCCUCACGGCAGCAGUCAGUCACGCCGGCUUCUCGGAGCAGGAGCUGUCGGAGCUGCGGUGCCGCUUCGUGAAGUACGACUCCGAUCCGGACGGCACGCUGGACCACAGCGAGAUCCGCGCGUUGCUGGACGAUCUCAACGUGCAGUGGCUGACCCGCGAGCUGGCGGACGCGCUGCGGCAGGCGGGGGAGCUGGCGGCGCGGGACGAACAGGUGCCCCCGAGCGCGGAGGCCUGGCUCUUCCUGCUGCGCGUGGCGUCAGAGGUGCCGGCGUUCGCCAGGCAGGCCUGGGAGGCCGCCGCGGCGCUGCUGGUCAGCGACGCGUGGGCGGCGGCCUUCGCGGAGCUGGACGGCAAGGGCCGCCUGGCCGUGGCCCGGGCCGGCGCGCGCGACGCGGGCCUGGCCGCGGGGCUGGUGGCGAGGCUGGUGGCCGCCGAGGCGGCUGAGCUGAGCGACCUGCUGCCCGCGUCCAGCGCGGCCGGGCUGGAGCCCGCCCUCUGCGCCGCUGUGGUGGAGGCGCUCGGGGCCGAGGGCGUGCCGCCAGAGGCGGCCGAGGCGGCGCUGGGCUCGGAGGCGGGGACGGCCCUCGCGGCGCGCGCCGCGGAGGGUGCCAGAGGGGGCGCGGAGGAGAGACGUCGCGUGGUCGGCGGCGGAGGCGGCCAGAAGCUGGGCAAGGGCGCCGACAUCCCCGUGUACGUGUGCGAGGGGAUAUCUGGCUCCCAUCAGAAGAUGGAGAUCAAAGAAAGGCUUGUGACGGCGCCCCGCUGGCUGGGCCGUCCUCCUGCGCGGAGGCUCCGCGAGUCGCGAAGGUGCGCGCGCGCGUCCUGCGAGCCGGGUGCCGUCUGUCGCCCUCGCUGA